AUGAACACAGACGACCCGGAGGAACACUACACCCUCAUGGGCCUCAUCGGCAGCGGGAGUUUUGGCCGAGUGUACAAAGCGAUGGACAAGGGAACGGGGGAGAUGGUGGCCAUCAAAAUCAUCCCCAUCUGCGACGAGGACAACGAAGACGAGCUCACGAAAAUCGUGCGGGAGAUCGACCACCUCAAGAAGUGCGACUCGCCCUACGUCACCGCCUACUACGGGUCCUACUUCAGAAACAAGCGCCUCUGGAUAGUGAUGGAGUUCUGUUCGGGAGGCAGCCUGAAGAAGAUAAUGAACCGCCUCAAGUCACCAUUCUCCGAGGACGAAAUUGCUGCCGUGUGCUUCCAGGUGGUGAAGGGUCUGCAUUAUCUGCACUCCCAACGACUACUGCAUCGCGACGUGAAAGCCGCCGAUUUGGGGGUGGCCACGCAGAUGGUGAACACGAUGGACAAACACAAAACGGCAACCGGCACACCGUACUGGAUGGCGCCCGAGCUGGUUUGCGAACAGGAGUACACGACGCGGGUGGACAUCUGGUCGCUCGGCAUCACCUGCAUUGAGCUUGCUGAGAUGGUGCCCCCGCACUCCGGCCUUCUGGCCAUGCGGGCACUGUUCAUUAUCGCAUCGCCCAACACGCCACCGCCCAAGCUGACGAGCCCCGAGAAAUGGUCGGCCGACUUCCAGGACUUCAUCGCGCGAUGCCUCAUUCGCGAGUACGACCAGAGGGCCACCGCCGAUGAGCUUCUCAAGCAUCCAUUUUUGGCCAAGGGCGAACGGCUGGCGGGCCUGCUGACCGAGCUUGUGGAACGAGUAAACCACCUCUCGCCCCGAGAAGAGAAGAAGUUGCGAAAGAAGAGCGCUCAGAAGUCCAAGUUUGCGAAGAUCUUCGCAAAGGUGCACGCGUCGUCGCCGUACGAUGCGUCGAGCGACGGCUCGAAGGAGGAGGAGAUCGUGACGUCGAUCAAGCGCGCCAAGGAGAUGGAGCGCGUCCCGCGGUCGACCGAGGGCAGCGUGACGUCGCUCGAGGAGUUCAAGUCCGAGGAGAUGAGCUGCGAGAGCGUCAAGAUCAACCGCAAGGACUACCUCCCCGACGGCGACGGCGACGACGAUGAAAAGAAGGAAGGGGAGGGGGAAGGCGAUGAGGGGGAGGGGGCGAAGCUGCGGGGCGAGGAGAGCGUGGGCACCAUGGAGGCGGAGACGGUGGGCCAGUGGCGGACCGCCGCUGGCGGCGGAGAGCAGCAGAAGGGCAGCGGCGCCUGA